ACAGUAAAUUAAAUGGACAGUCCCCUACUAUAUCUGUGGUUUCAGCUUUUCGCCUGCGCAUAGCCCAUAGCCCAUAGGUCACUUAGUAAAAAAACACACUGAAAAAAUUAAAAACUUCCAAUGUCAAAAUUUCUACAAAAAUAAAAUAAACAUUGAGUAGAAAGAAUACCUUCACAAAUUUAGUCAGUUAUCGAAUAUCUUAUAUUUUGGUCCAAAUAAAAAAGCAAAGUCGCCUGUUUCAGUUUAGCCUAGCCAGAAAACUUAUUAAUUACCAUCAUUCUAUACAUUUAUUUUUAAAAACUUGUAUUGUUAUAUUAUAAUUUUUUUGUGUUGCAUAAUAUGGCCCGGUAAACCAGUCAAUCAUUAUUAUGAAUUAUUCGAAUAUUUGUAUUAUACUGAACGGUUGCAUGAAACUAGACCGCGGCUUAUGGCAAACAGUUUUCUUUAAAAACGGUCAGUGUUACAAACAAGGUAUAUUUAGGAGUUCUGUACGUUGCCUUCGUAGUUACCAAUGUCUUAGACAAGCUCAUGAGGAUGGUGUUACGGUGCUUCCAUCUCCGCAGGAGGUUACAGCAACACUGCGAAAAAAUGAAUAUAACAAAGAAUUCAUAUAUGGUACUAUAAAAUCCUAUGACUCGAAUCAAUUGGCUUCUAAUCAUCCUAUUGAAGACACUAGAAGUGAGGCUCAAUGUAUUUUCACUCCAGGGUUUUUAAUGGGAGUCUUUGAUGGACACGGAGGCCCGGCUUGUGCUCAGGUUUUAUCUAAACGGAUGCUAAAUUAUAUUGCUGCAAGUCUAUUAUCUGCACAUGAUUUAGAGAAAGUUAAAAAACAGGAGGUCAUGGAUAAUUUGAUAGAAACAUUCAAUGAUAAGGCAGAUAUAGUUCAAGACCUAAAAAUGAUAUAUGAAAAGAGUUUUCGGAAAUAUUUAGAUGAUCUGACAAAACUACACGAAGAAGGUGAUGUUGAUGUUCAAACUCGUUUAGAAAAGAGUGUACUUCAUCUAGAUGAUGACUUAUCAAAGGAAGUCUUAGACCCAUACUCAACAGAUGGAUUUAUCAAUCAUAAAACAUUAUCUGUUGCCUUGUCAGGUGCCGUUGCCUGCAUUGCCUAUAUUGAUGGACCUCAUUUAUAUGUAGCUAAUAUUGGUGACUGCAAUGCUGUCUUAGGGACUAUGACUGAAGAAAAUGAAUGGAUCUCAAAGAAGAUAACCAAAGAGCACAAUUCAGAAAAUAUAGAUGAACUAAAAAGGAUAUGGAAUGAACAUCCAGAAAAUGAGAGAAAUACAAUUAUCAGACGUGAUAGACUCUUAGGUGAAUUAGCACCAUUAAGGAGUUUGGGUGACUUUAGAUAUAAAUGGUCAGCUGACAUGUUAGAAAAGCUUGCUGUUCCUUUAAUAGGUCAAAGAGCAAUCCCCGCAAACUAUCACACACCUCCAUAUUUAACUGCAAAGCCUGAUGUCUUCUAUCACAGACUGACUCCAAAGGACAAGUUCUUAAUUAUUGCAUCAGAUGGAAUCUGGGAUAUGAUGACACCGCUCCAAUCUGUGAAAUUAGUUGGUGAACACAUGAAAGGAAAAGUGUUUUUCAAUCCUCUUAAAUUGCCAAAAAAGAACAUUCAGUUGGGUGAUAUAAAUGAGUUAUUAUUGCAUAGAAAAGAAAGUUUAAAAAGUAAACCAAAAGAUAGGAACGCAGCAACCCAUUUAAUAAGGCAUGCAAUCGGUGGUACUGAAUACGGUGUUGAUCACUCAAGACUGGCUCAUUUACUCAGCUUGUCACCAGAUGUCAGUAGAAUGUUCCGAGAUGAUAUGACUGUUACAGUUAUUUACUUUGACUCAGAGUAUCUUCGACAGUGCCCGGCUUAAGUGAUGAUUUUUGUGCCUAUUUUAAUUUAUUGUGCUGCAAGUGUUAUCCUUUAUAGAAUUCAAUAUUUCAUGUUUCAAAUGUUUGCUCAUUGUAUAUCAGAACUUAUACAUUGUUUAUUGUGUGAGUUGUAAAUGUAAAAUGUUUUGUCUUUUAUAAUGUAACACCUUUUUUUAAUGAGUACUCACCUACAAGUUUCUUUACUAUAUUAUAGACACCUAAACUAAUGUUUGGCCUAACUUCACAGACUUCUUUAACAUAUUUUAGCUGUAUAACCUACGCCUAUGCUAGAAUAUUUACAUUCUAAAAAUGCCU